AUGCACACCGCCCUCCUCAACGACAAAAUCAUCCUCAGACUUGCAUGUCAUGUUCAAGAUGAUAAAGAUAUCUCAGCUCUUGCACGUGUCUGCCGCUCAUUUAGCGAUCCCUCGCUCGAUGUUCUGUGGUCUACACUAGACUCUCUCUUCCCUCUCCUCAUGUGCCUACCAGACGACGUUCUCGCAAUUGAAGCAGGGCAGAAAAUCCAAACUCUGAAAUAUACUCUCAAGCGCUCCCUCACCACUGCCGAUUGGGAUAUUUUCCUAAAGUAUUCCCGUCGCGUUUUCUCGCUCUCAAGCAGAGAUGAAUUCGAACCUGAUCUCGCCAACUCCCUGAAGACACGUUCCAAUUACUAUCCAAUCGUUGGUGCCUCCGUAGUUGACGCUCUCUCAAAACCCCCGACUGACCGGCCAUUCCCCAAUCUACGCAUGCUAAGAUGGAAAAGUGCGGAUCAUCACGCUCUACCUCUACUUCGCACUCUCAUAGGACCCACCAUCACUCAUUUUCUCGCCUUCACGAACGUCUUGGACAAGCCUGCGUCAGACUUAGUUGCCACUCUCGGGGAAUCUUGCCCAUAUAUGCGCGUCUUUUGCUGGGAUACCAAAGCGCCCUUCGAUGAUCAUGCCGUUCGCGCAUUCUCCGGCACCGUAGUAUCAUGGAAACACCUCAUACACCUGUCCGGAGUUACGUUGAGCGCCCACGCAUUGCAGAGCCUUUCCACCUCCGAUACGCUCCUGUACGUCGAUGCGACUGUGGGUGGCUCCUUACCAGACUCCCAGGUCCCCAAAACAAUAGCUUCCACGUUCUCCGGUCCCAAGGCCUUCCUGUUAAGGAGCCCACUGGCACCAGGUCAAACACUUGCAACUCUCGCCAACUGGAUGAACACCAGCAUGCUUUGUCCCGAUAUGCUCAACGUCAUGUCAGACACUAGCUCCGAAGGCGCAUUUUUUGAUCUCACAGACGCAGUCUCAGAGCGCUGCAAUUGGGAAGCUCUUAAAGUGUUCCACAUCACAGAAGAAGUAACCGAGACGCUUACUCGGUUCUCGCAGUCCGACGAUAUCCUUCUUACCUGCCCGAUGAUCCGCCCUGUCUUCCGCUUCGGCAACCUUACCCAACUGCAGAUUAAGUCUGCUCGGACCAUUCUACUCACUAGCAGUGACCUUCUCGAGUUAGCCGAAGCACUCCCGAAGCUGGCAGUCCUCAGCAUCAAUGAAAGCGCCGGCUGGCGUACAUGUCCACGUGUCACCAUGCAUGUCUUGCGCGGUCUUGUCACGCGUCUCCCGUCUCUGCAGAAACUCGCCAUCGCGUUUAACGCCGAGGGGCCCGUCAAAGAGAUCGAUUUUGAGGCGGAUCCACCCGGAGCACCCCGCGUUACCUCCCCAAAUUUCUCCCUUAAUCUGCUGGACUCGCGCGUGUCUCCUACUAACAUGAUGGACGUCGCGGCGUACCUGUCUGACGUAUUCCCGCAGUUGGAUGAAUUCGAAGCCUGGACGAUGGAAUUUCCUCCGGUGGACGCUGAAGAUGAGGAUGAUUGGAACGAUUACAGUAGUGACGACGAUGAAGAUGGCGAGGAAGAGAAAGUUAAGAGUGGCAGUGGUGGUAUCAUGGCGCCUCGACAACGAUGGAGAAUGAUAGAAGGGAUGAUGAAUAUCUUGCAGCGUGUGAGGGCACAAGAGAAGGUUCGCUGUAUGGCGGUUACCACAGCUUGA